UGGACGGUGGCCUGUUUGGUGGACGGGUACAUACAGUAUGAUACUCUCAAAGGCAUCUUUUUUCCAUAGAAAAUAUCUACGUUUGUACACUAAUGAAAUGCCUGCAUCGCUCAAGGAAUAUGUGAAGAGGAACAAGAAUUGUGAGGAUAUCGCAAUGUCGUUCCUGGUUGCUAAUGCCACAGGUGCCCCUCUUAUAUGGGCAAAAGGCAAGAUUUACGAGAUUGGAUCCACUGUAAUUAGCAGUCUGGGAGGCCAUAGCAACAAAAGGGCUGAAUGUAUCCGAGUUUGGUAGGAUGCCGUUGAUACCAACCACUGUGAAGGUCGUCGAUAGCCGUGGUACCUGGUGGUUCUGGUGACACUAUAACCUUUUAUUUUCUUACUUUUUACAAGUCUACCACUCAUUUAGUACGAUAUUAAGUUGUAGCUAAUUAUAUGUGUGAUAUUUGGCACAUUGCUAGUUGCUUAAGAAACAUAUUCAA